GUGUCUCUAACCGUCACAUCCUGGUGAAGGAGAAGAUGAGCUGGUCUGAUGCUCAGACUUACUGCCGGUCCAAAUACACCGACCUGAGUACCAUCGGGGGUUCUGAGGACAACCUGGAGACCGCCGACCUGCUGGAGAGCCUCAUCAACGACACAGAUCCAGUUCCUGUCGUCUGGAUCGGUUUGCACAGAAACUUCUGGAUGUGGUCUGACGCGAGCAAGGCCACCUUCAGGUCCUGGGGGGACAACCAGCCAGACAUGAAAGACCACUGUGUGAAGAUGCAGGCGAAGGAAAAACCGGUCAACUGGAGGACAGAAAAAUGCGACAACACCAAGUUCUUCGUCUGUUACUCAG